GUCGGACAAAACCCUCCAGGACAUCGUGUACAAACUGGUCCCAGGGCUCUUCAAAGAUGAGAUGAAGAGGCGGCGCGACUUCUACGCAGCCUACCCCAUGGCAGAGGUUCCCAACGGAUCCAACGAAGAUCGCGGGGAAGUCUCGGAGCAGGACAAGGGGAACCUGACGGACGAUGAGAUCGUCAGCCUGUCCAUUGAGUUCUAUGAAGGGUCCAGAGAGGAGAAGAAAGGGACCGUCGAGAACGGGGACCUGGAGAAGGAGAAGAAGAACGGGGUGCGGUUCCUGCGCUGUCCCGCUGCCAUGACCGUCAUGCACCUCACCAAGUUCCUCCGCAACAAGAUGGAUGUUCCCAGCAAGUACAAGGUGGAAGUUCUCUAUGAAGAUGAGCCCCUGAAGGAGUAUUACACCCUGAUGGACAUCGCCUACAUCUAUCCCUGGAGGAGG